GAUCUAUACUACAGGUGAAGCUGGGAGAAGCUCUGUACGUAGGUGUGAAGGUCCUCGGUGGUGACCAGGGGCUGGCAGUGUUACUCCAGACCUGCAGAGCUACUCCCUCACCUGACCCGGACGACAUGACCGGCUUUCCCUUCGUUGUGGCCGGGUGUCCGGUGGAUGAUACUGUGACUCUUAUCUCUUCUCCUGACCUUACAGAGAGCAGGUUCAGCAUCCGGGCCUUUAGUUUCAUCGCCGAUAGGGACCAGGUGUUCUUGCACUGCGACGCCAUCGUGUGUAACGCAACAGACCCGCGAUCAAGGUGCUCUCAGGGGUGCGUGACGUCAGCAAACGUCACACAUGCAGAGCGCAUGCGCCGGUCUGCUGGCCAUGGCCACAGCAGUCACGUGAUGGCCGGCCCUAUCGUGAGAUUCAUCAACGGACAGGUCUCAACAGAUGACAGCGUCAGGGAAACACCGUCUGUGCCUCUGUUCUUUGCACUGUUGGCCAUAAAUGUUCUGACGGGACUGGCUCUGACCGGCGUUGUGCUGUUCAAACUGACCGGUCAUCGCGGUAACGAGGGCACAGCCGGAUAGACACACAGCUUACAUUUUGAAUGGAACGACUACACUUUGUUUGCAAUUAAUAGUGUUUCGAAGUGCGCAUCACACUGAUUGUGUGUUUUAAAACAUGUCAGCUUUAUAGCUUGUGUUACCGUUAUGGUUAUGUUUCUAUAACCUGUAACUUUACAUGUAUCACGGCCAACAUAAAAAGCAUAUAGAAAUAGAUAACGUGUAACAUUAGUGUACUGAUAUGUCAUCAAAAAGUCCUUUAGUUUAAAGAGUACUCAAUCUAGAGCAUCGUUUGUUUUGUUUUAUUUGUUAUUUCUUCUUAUUCGUGUUUGAGGGCAAAGAACCGUAUGGCAUAGGCAAGCAAGCUGGACUCAGUGGUGUUAUAGGAUGUUUGUUUAGGAUAAGUAAAUACAAUACAUCACC